CACAGGGGCAGAGAGAAAGAAAAGAGCCUGUGCGUGGUUUCGCAGGCGGAGUUUCGUUCUUGCACCGUUGGUAUUCACUGCCUCUUUAUUUUUUCCCUCGGGAUUGCUUGAGGAGGCAGAAGGAGCAAGAACGCGCCGUAAGCGAGCAGAUGUUAUAGCUGGACUAUCCCUGUUUCCAGCCUGACAAUCGAGCGUAUCAUCUACUAAAAUGUGGCAGCCUGCGUCGGAGCGAUUGCAGCAUUUACAGACCAUGCUAAAGACCAAACUCAACGUGCUGACGCUCCGGAAGGACCAGCUGCCUACAGUGAUCUUUCAUGAGCCAGAAGCCAUCGAGCUGUGCUCCGCCACACCUCAUACGAAGAGCCGCACACACACAGGAUAUAAGGUGACCUACCUUGGCAAGGUGUCGAUUUCCGGCACUCACUUCCUGUCCGGCUGCACCGAGUCGGCUGUGGUGGGAUUAUGGGACACCAAGCAGACAUCAGUGGCCCACGAUGACUCCAUCACCUCCAGCAACGGCGUACUGGAAAUCCGGCCGUUCCAGGUACGACUGCAUCACCUGGAUGGGCGGGGCGAGGCCACGGUCGCCAUGGACACCUUCCAGGUGGCUCGCAUCGCGUACUGCACGGCGGAUCACAACGUCAGCCCCAACGUCUUCGCCUGGAUCUACCGGCAAAUCAACGACGAUCUGACCUUCCAGAUGGACUGCCACGCCGUGGAGUGCGAGAGUAAACUGGAGGCCAAAAAACUGGCGCACUCCAUGAUGGAAGCCUUUAAGAAAACCUUCCACAGCAUGCGCAGCGAUGGAAGCAUCCACAAGAGUGGCUCGUCCGACGAGUUCCCCGAAGAGGCGAGCACACCUGACGACGGCUGAGAGCCCGGGGGUGGGGAACGGCUCUCGCGCUCUUUACGUCUUUGUGCCAUAAUAGAAUAUUCCGAAAAAUAACCACAACAAAAACAGAACGCAAAUGGAAAUUCAAACCACAAACCAAGAAACGAAUCUGCCUUUUUUCGAUCUCGGCUGCCAGACAGUUCGUGCCCGUACUUUACCACAGUCGCACUCCCACUUGAAAGCUGCUGGUUUUGAUAUGGCGCGUGUGAAUUGGCAAGAACUUGUUACACGUUCGCCGGUUAUGUUACUUUCGUUUUGCCGAUCAAAACCUUUGGAUCUGGGAGUUCCUGAUUUGCGUGCGGAAAUCUUUUAUGUCGUUUUUUAGAUAACGCAGAGGUGUGUUUCCUCUGCUAAGUAGAGUUUCAGAGAGAUAAAAAAAGAUAUAAUUUUGAUAUUUAUGGCAGGCAGCCAGCCUAGGGCAUUUCUUUACCUUUAUCGGGCCAUAGAAGCGUAAUUAUAGGGACCAUGCAUCGAUUUCUAUGCUUUUUAUUUUUGUU